AUGCCGUUGACCCCGAUCAAAGUCCGAGGCAAGCGUGGCAAAGCCGCUUCCUCCUCCGGACCACAGACCAGGGAAUCAUCAGCACAGAAACGGACGUCACGCCUGUCAGGUCGUCUAGUCACCAAGCGCGCGUCAGGCCUCGAGCAGGUCCUUCCCCUCGAGAUCAUCGAGUACAUAUUCAUACUAAGUGAAAAUCUCAACUUCCCUCGUUGCAGCCCACGCCUCGGCUGCCUGCUCUCUGGGCGAUCUACGCUCGUCAACCUCGUCAUCACGGCUUUUCAUCCCACGUGGGACUGCUGGUUUGGUGUCGACAAGCGAGUUAUCAAGACGGCUUUGAGGCAAGGCGCGACAGAAGACGCCCGCGGACUAUGGCGUUAUGAGAGCUCCCCUGAGUUCUUUCCAGGUGAUUCUGCAUUCCAGUCUUCUCUGUUGAGCAGUCCAUGGGUGAACGUGGACAUCAUCUUUGAGGCUCGACAGGUCUGGGCUUGGCGCUUCGCCCGCCACAGGUGGUACUCGCAUUCCCACGUGGGCCUGAAAGAUGAGGAAGCAGAGCCGAAUAACCCCCUCGAAUUACCUCACGAUCGAGUCGGGGGUUUCGGUCACUUUGAUUCCCGCAGCUGUUUCGAAUACGACUGGCUCUCUUACAGCCUCAACGGCUCCAAACCAGCGCUCGACUUCUACGUCGAUGUCCAUCCAAAGACGACGAUCCCGGAUGACCUCCUCACCGGUCCGUGGACGCUCGAGCAGCAAAGGCUCCUUUUCUGGCUCCGGAGAGGCGGCGCGAAGACUCAGCCAGAAAGUCAGACUUGGGAAACUCUUCGCAUCGGUCUUCAAAAUGCCGUCACGCAUCGUAAUCCAGGGAACCUAGACGGCCGUCUGAUCGAAAUGCUGCUCCUGGUGGAAGACUACUUCCCCUCGCACGCGCUGGAAGACAACCCGUCGCUGUGGCCGCUCGAGAUCCUCGAAGAGGAGCACGCCAAGGUCAACCGACUGCUGGCGGCGAGAGCCCGCAGCAAAGCGGGGCCCUUGUUCGAGCUCAUCGAGCUUGAGAAGCGAAUGAUUGCAUACCACCGCCGCGUGAUCGACCUGCUUACGUCGAGACUUGGCCGCCAUGAUCGUUUGGCGCCGCACUCGAUCAUGGCUGCUGGUCUCAUGCCUCAGCCGCGGAACCAUUGA